AUGUUUUCUCCAAGCAAUUCACUCUUACUCUUGCCAUUAUGCACCUUCUUGGUACAGAUCACUUCUGCAUAUCCCAGCCAGACUGCCACCCACAAACCCUCCCAUUCUCCAUCUGAAUUACCGGAGCACUCUCUGACGCAUUAUACUCGCCCUUUUGAUCAAAAAGCCGAAAUCAGAUCUGUUCGUUUAGAGAACAGAUUAGCAAAGAAGAGGUCGGGUCAAAUCAAGCAAGAACAGUACAAGUAUGACUUUUCCGUUGAAGAGGCCGCAAAUAUAGGUAUUCAUGAAGGUCAUUCUCAUCAACAAAAAUGGGUUGAAGAACAUAUGAAAUAUCUCGAUACCAAAAAAAAUAUAAGAAUGCAUCAGCUGGCUUCAAAAAUAAUCGAUUGUCAUUCUCAGAAAUUUCGCGAUAUCAAUCAUGCCUUUAAUGAACGUUUGGAUGUACUAGAAACGAUUGCAAAGUAUCACAAAGACAACACAGACUCAAUUAAAAAAACAGGUGGUACUUUUAGCACCGACGAUCAGGAGAAACAGAUCGCUGCAGAUAUAAAGAGAGCCAGAGAUACUUAUAGCAAAAGGAUAGCUUGUCAGCAGAUUAUAGAUACGACCAAUGCAUACCUCAAACAGUUCGAUAAAUCAAAAAAUAAAUGCACAAUCAUGUAA